AUGUCUCUCCCCACCGCAACCAAGAACACCUCUGAGCACCCGCCCAAGACCGCCGUCGCGGCGCCGGUCAACAAGGAGGCGAAGGAGGCGGACAUUGACCGCAAGAUGCGUCUCUACGGCGUCAUCCAGGCCUUCCGCCUCGGUCGCAUGCCCACCAACGAGCAGAUCAACAGCACGCUCAAGUAUGUGAUCAACAACUCGCCCAUCGACGAGUCGAAACUCUCGGCCGAGGGCCGUGAGCUCACCCAGGACGUGCGCGACCUCAUCGAGACCGCUCGUCUGAUCGUCGAGCGCAAGAACGCGGACGAGCUCUUCCAGAACUUCAUGUGGACUACUCGUCACGUCGAUACCUCUACGAUCAAGAAGGACCCCAACGAGGUUAUCCCCGUUGACGGCGGCAAGGUUCAGCAGGACAGGGACCAAGCUUCCAAGCACCUGCGCACCCUUCUCAACCUUCUUGCCACCAACGAGGAGGCACGUAAGCUGCCCUCUGACUUCUCCGUCAUCGGCCGCGACGUUCUUGCUCGCGGUGCUACCCACGCCGCCGGCCAAAUCCGCCCCGACCAAGAGCGCCUCCAAAAGGUCGACGAGUCCGCGCCGGCCGACCGCUUCGUCUCCGCCGGCGGUAAGCCCGUCGGCCCGAACGAGACUCCCGUCGCCGAGACGUCCAUCCCCGGCGUUGAUGGCGCCGUUCGUCACCACCCUGACGGCGGUGUUCACGUCGAGAAGGACGGCCAGAAGUACUCAGUUGACGAAGCGAAGGAGCUUACGGCCCAACGCGCUCGCGAGAACGCAGACCGCGCCCGUGAGCAGGUCACCCGUGAGGCUCAGCAGACCAAGGCUGAGGCUGACCAGGGUGAGCUUGAUACCGAGGAGAAGAAGCGCAGUCUGAAGGACCGCGUCGCCGGCUUCCGCGAUGGCAUGCUCGACCGCGUCCCGCAGGAGCACAAGGAUAAGACUAAGGACAAGUUUGAGGACGGCAAGCGCGUUCUAACCGAGGAGUACUUCCCUGAGGAGCGUCGCGACCAGUUUAUCUACCGUGGCAAGAAGGUCAUCGUCGAGUGCCAACGCCACGAUGACUACCAGGAGUCCGUCAAGUGGCUCCUUGGCCUCAUUGAGGAGUAUGCCGGUCAUGGCAAGCACAUUGCUAGUCACGGCAAGGACGCCCACGGGCAGGUCACCAGCGACAACGCUGUUCAGUCUUCUUGGGAGCAGCUCCGCACACUCCUCGAGCGCUUCGCCAACAACCAGCCCAUGGACCCCAUCUUCGACGCUGUCAAUGACCUCACCGACGAUGCGCGCAACGACGAAGAGUUCCGCCAGUGGUGGAGCCGCGUCGACUCGUACACCCGCGAUGUCCUCCUCGAGCCUGGCUUCGUCCUUGAGGACCGCUGCAACAGUGAAGGUCGCCAGAUCCGCGAGUCCGGUCGCCGCUUCUAUGACGACAAGUACAAGUCGCACUUCGAUCGUCUCUUCAACACCGUCGGCGACUGGUUCAAAGCCAUGGCCGACGACCCGCUCAACAAGCGCUUUGGCGACGACCUUGGUCGUCUUACCCGUGACUUGCUCUUCGACAACGAGGGUAACCUUAAGUUCAAGCCCGACCUCUGGCUCGAUAUCCGCAAGCACAUUCUCCCGAACCUCGUCGAACAAGUCGGCUACGUUCCCAUCCCACGCAUCGAGUACACGGACGACCAGCUCGACCUCGUCAUUGAGAACCUCACGUUCCAGGGCCGCAACAUCUUCCCGAACAUCGUGUCGAUGAAUGCCAACAACUUCGUCAAAUUCUCGCCGUACAACACCAUCAAUGACGAGUCUCACCACGAGUUCACGUUCACCUUCGGUCAGGUUCAGGCCGACAUGCGCGACGUCGCCUUCUACUUCAGCAAGAAGACCGGCUUCCCCAAACUCACCGACCAGGGUCUCGCCGACGUCAUGCUCGGUGGCGAGGGUCUCACGGCCACCGUUCACCUCGCGUCGGCGACCAAGGACAAGUCUUCGGUAUUCCACGUCAAGGACGUCAAUGUCAAGAUCGACGCUCUCAAGUUCUCGAUUCGCGACUCGAAGCACGACGUCCUGUACAAGACGCUCAAGCCCCUCGCCUCUGGUCUCGUCAAGAAGCAGAUACAGAAGGCUGCGCAGGACGCCAUCCGCACCGCCUUCGAGUACAUUGACGGGCAGCUCGUCACCGUCCGCGACCGCUACUCCGAGGCCAAGCAGUCCGACGAGGCUAGCCGCGCCGACGCGCUCAAAUCUGUCUUCCAGCGCAACAAGGCUGAGGCCGAGCAGAAGAAGGCCGAGGCGCAGAGCACGGCUUCUCAGCGCAACGCCCAGUUCAAGGUUUCCGCUCAGCGCGACCAAGCUAUCGUCAACGCCGGCCACGAUGCGGGCUACUCGAACAAGGCGCAGGAGCGCGCGGACGCUGCGAAGCAGGGUUCGGGUUGGCACUCGGAUGCGUUCACUAUUGUCUAG